AUGUUUUCGAGCCAUUGGAUCCUCUCGAUUGACCGCAUACCCGAUACCCAAGUGCAUAUGCCCAACAUGGCCCAUCACGACGCGCUUGUCAUGAAAACUUCGGAAAAGGGGAAGCGGGCUUUUAACGGGUUUGUAGGAGACUCUCCUUUUGUGCAGGCUGGCAGAAAAGCCCAAGGGGCCUUUGCUCAAAAACGGCUGAGCAGGGAUGAUGCCUUUUUGGGGGACUUCAGCCGACGAUCCCCAUCAAAGCGAACUGCCGAAUGA